AGCUCUGGAAGCAUGCUCUUCCAUGGCGGAGCUCAAGCAACACCAUUCCAAUUUCAUCAAACUUGGGCUUUCCGCUGAUAAUAACGCCAUGGGUCGCAUCAUCAAGUUCUGUGCCGUCUCUGAAGAUGGUGACUUGAGCUAUGCCCUUAAGGUGUUUGAUGCUAUGCCUGACCCAGAUGCUUUCAUUUAUAAUACUUUAAUGAGGGGUCAUUUGCAGUGCCAAGAUGCUAGAAGGAGCAUACUUUUGUAUUUGCAGAUGUUGGAAGAUUCUGUGACGCCUAAUAAUUUCACUUUUCCGUCUGUCGUAAGAGCUUGUUCUGUGGAUAAUGCUGUUGAAGUAGGGAAGCAAGUUCAUGCCCAUGUUUUGAAAUUUGGGUUUGGUGCGGAUGGGUUUUGUCUGAACAAUUUGAUACACAUGUAUGUCAAUUUUCUGGCUUUAGAGGAAGCUAGGAGGAUCUUUGACAAGAUGCUGAGAAAGGAUGUUGUUUCUUGGACCACUUUGAUCACUGGAUACUCUCAAUGGGGUCUUGUUGACGUGGCUUUUAAGAUUUUUGAGUUGAUGCCUGAGAGGAAUUCAGUUUCUUGGAAUGCCAUGAUUGCUGCUUAUGUGCAGAGCAACCGGUUUCACGAAGCAUUUGCUUUGUUUGAUAGGAUGACAGCGGAAGGGGUUGUGCUGGAUAAGUUUGUGGCAGCUAGCAUGUUGUCAGCAUGUACAGGCUUAGGAGCUCUGGAACAGGGGAAAUGGAUUCAUGAAUACCUUGAGAAGAAGGGUAUCAAACUGGACUCAAAACUUGCUACAACUAUUAUUGAUAUGUACUGUAAAUGUGGCUGCUUGGAGAAAGCUUUUGAAGUUUUUAACAGGCUUCCUUACAAGGGAAUUUCUUCAUGGAAUUGUAUAAUUGGAGGCUUUGCAAUGCAUGGAAAGGGAGAGACUGCCAUCGAGCUAUUCAAGGAGAUGGAGAAGGAAGGAGCAAUUCCUGAUAGCAUCACUUUUGUGAAUGUCCUUAGUGCAUGUGCUCAUUCAGGAUUGGUUGAAGAGGGGCGCCAUUACUUCCAGUAUAUGACUGAAGUUCAUGAAAAUGAAUGCAAAAUGGAGCAUUAUGGAUGCAUGGUUGAUUUACUUGGAAGAGCUGGAUUACUAGAGGAAGCAAAAAAGCUAAUAGAUGAGAUGCCUAUGAGACCUGAUGCAGGUGUACUGGGUGCUCUCCUUGGAGCUUGUAGGAUACAUGGGAAUCUUGAGCUAGGAGAGCAGAUAGGGAAAAGAGUAAUAGAAUUGGAACCCAAUAAUAGUGGACGCUACGUGUUAUUGGCUAAUCUGUAUGCUAAGGCUGGCAGAUGGGAAGAUGUAGCUUCUGUGAGGAAAUUAAUGAAUGACAGGAAAGUGAAGAAAGCUCCUGGCUUCUCUGUCAUUGAAUUGAAAGGUUCUGUUAAUGAAUUUAUCGCUGGAGGAAGGACACACCCUGAAACUAAAUUGAUAUAUGCCAAAGUUGAUGAGAUGCUGGAAACAAUAAGAUCUGUUGGCUAUGUUCCUGACACUGCAGGAGUACUCCAUGACCUCAGUGAGGAGGGAAAGGAGAACCCUUUAUUCUAUCACAAUGAGAAACUCGCCAUUGCCUAUGGCCUAUUGAACACCAAACCUGGGGAAACAUUUCGCAUCACCAAAAAUCUUCGAGUCUGUGGAGACUGUCACCAGGCUAGUAAGCUUAUCUCAAAGGUUUUUGAUCGAGAGAUAAUUGUUCGAGACAGGAAUAGAUUUCACCAUUUCAGAAAUGGAGUGUGUUCCUGUAAUGAUUACUGGUAAGAUAUACCAGGAACAUAGAAGUAAAUUAGUUUAUGCAUUCACGAUAAUUUUCUUGAUCAUCAAUAAGGAAGAUUGUGCUUAAUGUUUUACAGCUUUGCUUUCUUCCCUUUUAUUAAAUUGGCUUACUUUUU